GAGUCCUGAGCUCUUCCACAAUGACUGGAGAAACGUCCUGGUGUUUCAGGACUCUGUCCGUAUUUUUAUUUAUCACAGCCCUUUCGGCUCUGCCCACUCCAGAAUCAACUACGGAUGUGGUAAGCGAUGCCGAAGACACUACGUUAUCGACUGAACUGAAGCCACCGCCAAUACCAGAAAAAGAGGAUCACCAAUACGUGCUCUUCGUUAUAAACUUAUACGGCCUGAAGAAUUCCAGUGGCGAGACUUCGGAUGAAACGUUCGAAAAUGAAAUUAUCAGCAAAGUACCAGAACUAGCAGGACCGUUGGCCACCGUGUUUUUGGUGAUCGAGGUGGACGAUGACGACGAAGAGACCAACGUGCCGGUGGAUCUCGACGAGGUUGCGGACGAUUUCGAGCAUGGCGAAGGUUUCAAUGUGGAAAGAAUCAACCAUGACGGUGAAACGAAAUUGCUUAGAGUGAAGCUGGAUAAGAGUGAUGCUGAUAUGGUAUUGCCGAAAUCGAAAAUGGAAACCAUGACGAAAGUUCGUAACAGGAGGUCACCAUGUCUAAAGUGCAAACUGAAGGGUUACGGGCAUAACGGUGGAUACGGAGGCGGUGGCGGAGGUGGGUUCGGAGGUGGAUACGGAGGCGAAGGUGGACCUGGAGGAGGUUACAAUGGUGGAUGCGGUAGUGGAAAUUGUGGGGGUGGUUACCCAAGUGGUGGUUACCCAAGCGGUGGUUACUAUCCUAAUCAGGGAGGUGGAUGCGGUGGUGGAGGAUGCGGUGGAGGAGGAAGCCAAACUGUUGGUGUUAUACCCGUAGUUGUUGUACCUGUUGCAGUUGGUUAUCCGUCGCAUCCGACGUACCCGUCCGGAGGAGGUUGUAGUACAUGCGGCGGUGGUGGUCACAACGGAUACGGAGGAGGAGGUGGAGGAGGUAAUUCGUACGCUCAGGCUUCAGCUCAAGCAUCAGCCCAAUCUUGGGGCAAGUAAACCAAACGGAUAAGACCGGAAUGAAGGAGUUACCGACAUCAUGCUGCCUGAAUUCAUAUAAAUACCUCUGCGACGUGUACGGUAUCUAACGGGUCUCGUAUACGUGUACCCGUAAUAACAUUAAUUUUCGACACGGUAUAAUGUCCAUCAUCUUGAUCAUCCCAUUUCUUGUAAUGUAUAUCGAGUGUCAAAUAAAUUAAGAGAACGACAGUAAUA